UAUAGUCAGAAAACAUCACUUUUUCUAGUGCAAAUAAUGACAUCUCUCUUUGUUUUUGCAUCCAUGGCCAUCCUGGGAGCAACCACUGUCUUGGGAAUCUUCACAAACUGUGUAAUUGUGUCAGUGAAUCUCACUGAAAAGGCAAGGGGCAAGGCAAGCCUUGGUUCUUCUGAUCUUAUUCUAGUCACACUUGGACUAUCAAACAUCAUAUUCCAAUUAGUAAUGACAGCAAAUGACUUUCUGAGCCUUCUGUGGAGUCAGCUGUACUACUCUGAUGAAGUUUAUAAUACUUUAAAUACUUUGCUCUUUCUUCCUGCAUAUGCCAGCUUUUGGUUCACCGUCUGCCUUUGUGUCUAUUACUGUUUACAGAUAGUCAUAUUCACCAAUCCUUUUCUACUACGUGUCAAAGGGGAAAUACCCAAACUGGUACCAUGGUUCCUGGUAAUUGCCGUUUUAACAGCUAUUGCAAUUGGUGUGCCAGCUUUCUGGAGCACCUACAAGGACACCCCAAGUGGAGACCUACCCAACAAUCAGAGCUUAGACACGGAGGUUCCAAAGUUAAACCUUACUUAUUUGCUAGCUAGCAAUAUUAUAGGCUGCUCACUACCCUUGGUUCUUGUUGGUAUUUCUAAUGGAUUAAUUUUGAAAUCACUUGUGACCAGAAGCAAGCUAAUGGAGAAGAACACCAGCAGCCCACGCACAGAAGCUAAAGAAAGAGCAGCCAGAACUGUUUCACUGCUCCUAGCCCUCUAUCUGGUCUUCUACAUGUCAGAAAUCAUGAUGUUUGUGGAUCUCUUCCCCCCUAGCAGCCCUGGAUUUUGCAUUUGUUUGAUGGUCAUUUAUAUUUAUUCUCCUGCACAAUCAGUCAUCCUCAUUCUUGGAAGCCCAAAGUUAAAGAAGGCUUUACAGAGUUUAUUUCAACUUUUGGUUUGUUGGAAAAAAAAGCAAAUGGCUAAACCAAAUAUUCUUUUCAUUACUCUGCCAGGUUCAGAAGGCUCCAGAUUGCCAAAGUGACCUUAAAAGUAUUUGUUUAGGCUUUGCUUCUCUGUAAGGCACCAUUCACACUAUGAAAUGUGACAUCAAACAAUGUGCAGACAUGUUUUUUUUGCAAGCUGUAGCAGUGACGCACUACAAAUAUUGUGCAGCACAUUCAUUUCAAUGGGCCACCCUACGCACAAUAAA